AUGGCAGACACCGCUGAAGAACCCUUAAUGGGACAGUCCUCCCACGAAGAUGACCUUGAUGCGACAGACGAGGUUGAUCUCAGCGAUGUCUCCCUUCUCUUGGAAAAGAACCUGCGGCAUCCGGGUGUAUUCGUAUGGCUUCUUACGUUCAGCGCUGGGAUAAGUGGGUUGUUGUUUGGCUACGACACGGGUGUGAUCUCUGCGACGCUGGUCUCGAUCAACUCUUCUCUCGGCCAUCCUCUCACGACGCUCGACAAGUCGCUCAUUACAUCCGCCACUGCUCUCUUCGCUCUUCUUGUCUCGCCCGUAUCCGGUGUUCUGGCAGACAGUCUAGGUAGGAAACGAGUUGUGCUACUCGCAGACCUAGCAUUCAUACUUGGAGCCGUGAUACAAGCUGUGGCGGGCAAUGUUGCCGGAAUGAUUGUCGGAAGAUCAGUUGUUGGACUGGCUGUAGGCGCUGGGAGUUUCGUGGCGCCGUUGUAUAUUGCUGAGCUGGCACCGGCACCCUUUCGCGGCCGGUUGAUUACCUUGAAUGUUCUCUUCAUCACCAUAGGACAGGUCAUCGCUUAUAUCGUCGGAUGGGCAUUUGUACAAUGGGGAAAUCAAGCUACGGGCUGGAGAUGGAUGGUUGGACUUGGUGCUGUACCCGCGGGGUUACAGUGUUUGGUGAUGAUCAUCAUGCCCGAGACGCCCCGUUGGCUUGUAAUGGUUGAUCGGAGAGACGAGGCAAAGAAUGUGUUGAGAAAAGUAUUUGGAAGUGGUGUUGAGAUUGAAGGAUUGGCUGAAGUGGUUCUGGAAGGAAUUGAGAACGAAGUGAGGGAAGAGGAGGAAGCAAAAAGGGGAAGAAACAGAUCUCAGUCACAGAAACAGAACGAUGCCUGGUUUUCAGACUCAAAAGAUCUUUGGUUGGAAUUGUUUCGAGUUUCUGGAAAUAGACGAGCUUUGGCAAUUGCCUGUCUCCUCCAGGGUCUUCAACAGCUUUGUGGAUUCAAUUCUCUGAUGUACUUCUCUGCUACUAUUUUCACAAUAGUUGGCUUCGCCUCGCCGACGUUAACCUCGCUUUCGGUCGCGCUGACAAACUUUGUCCUCACAUGUCUAGCUCUCCUACUGAUCGACCGGAUCGGGCGCCGCAAAAUCCUGUUGUAUUCCAUUCCUAUCAUGUCCCUAGGCCUCCUAUUCUGCGCCAUUGGCUUCCAUUUCAUCACCCUUCCUGAAAAUCUCAGCCUCGACAACCCAUCCUCUUCCGCGAACGCUAAUGAGGAGAUACCUCUAUCCGAAAGAACAGCGCCGAUGCUCGUUCUAGCUAGUAUCAUGCUCUAUGUAGGCGCCUAUGCUCUCGGUCUCGGUAACGUUCCGUGGAUGCAGUCUGAGCUUUUCCCACUGAAUGUUAGGUCCUUUGGGAGUGGUUUAAGUACAUCUACCAACUGGAGUGCGAAUUUCGUGGUUGGCUUGACCUUUUUACCUAUGAUGGAAUUCCUUACUCCUGCCUGGACGUUUGUAAUUUAUGCUGGUGUUUGUGUUGCUGGUUGGCUUGCUGUCUGGAGGAUAUACCCGGAAACGAAAGGACUGAGUCUCGAAGAGGUGGGGGCGCUUUUGGCAGAGGGGUGGGGUGUACGCGGAGUUUCUCGGGGGUAA